GUGCUGUUCCCUCAUAUUCCAUUCGCAUACACCCCUGCCCCUCUAUCACCCACCGCCGUCUUGCUAUAUCUAUCUCUCUUCUCACAUAAACAAUUAUUGCCCUGAGUAGCAGCGACUGCGGGCUUCAUGAAAACCUGGAGAUCUAGACUCCACCGUUUUGCGGGGGCGAUCCGGAUUCAGAUCUGGUGAGCGUGCUAAGGAUUUCGGUCCAAAGCUCUUCCAUUGCCUCGAUUAUAAGACUAAACUUCAUGUUUAGAAGGGCACUACCAUAUAGACAUACGGCUGAUAAUGGAAGCAUUCCUUUGGUGAGCUCGUCGUUACAAAAGUCCCGCUCAUCAUCCUUUCUAACAAUUGGACUUGUUCUCGUGGGUGCCUUUCUUGUCAUUGCAUACACCUAUAGUGGCUCAGGUUAUAACGGUGAAAAAGAAGCUUUGAGCAGAGGUGAAGGGAUUUCUUGCACUGCAGAAGUUCAAAGAGCAAUACCUAUACUGAAGAAGGUGUACGGUGAGGGCAUGCGCAAGGUUCUGCAUGUGGGCCCUGAAACUUGUUUAGUUGUUUCCUGGUUGUUAAAAGAAGAAGAAAGUGAAGCGUGGGGCAUUGAACCAUACGAUUUGAAGGAUGCUGAUAAUAGCUGUAGAAACUUAGUUAGGAAGGGCAUUGUUCGUGUGGCUGAUAUCAAGUUUCCUCUACCCUACCGGAAGAAAUCAUUUUCUGUUGUGAUCGUAUCAGAUUCUCUGGAUUAUCAGUCUCCGAAAUACCUAAACAAAACUCUGCCUGACUUGGCAAGGGUUUCUGCAGAUGGUCUUGUUAUAUUUGCGGGCUAUCCAGGUCAACAAAGGGCUAAAGUUUCUGAGCUAUCCAAAUUUGGAAGACCGGGUUGUAUUCGACGACAUCAAUUGUAACUCCUAUGAUAUGGUGAUCAUCUCCAUUAUUUCCGGCGCCCACCUGCAACUCUAGAAGACUACAACUGCCCUUCCCUCUACUCCAAGUGACUGCAGCGGCCUGUCUAUGACUUCAGAAGAUUGCAUGCCUCUUUCUCGCAACUCCCGAUGACCUCAGCGGCUUGUCUGCAACUCCAAAAGACCGCAGACCUCCUUCCAGCGACUCUAGGUGACUGAAGAGGCCUGUUUGCGACUCCAAACUACCACAAAUCCAUUCCACACAACUCUAGGGCGCUGCAGAUCCCAGUCUUCAAUUCCCAAAGGUCGCUGACUCCCUCCAGCCACCAUCUUCCCUCUCCAGCACCUCCCGAUGGCCCGUCCAACUCCUCUCAGUAGUCUGUCUGCUCCUCCUAACAACCCUCUAUCUCGCUGCCCACCUUCCAGCAGUCUGUCCAGCCCUUCCUAGCAGCCCACUGGUCACCUACAGUAGUACCCUCCACCCACACCUGUGAUUCUCUUCGAUACCGCCGCUUGCCCCCUCUUCCAAUUGCCGACCAACAUCAUCGGUGUCCCCGAAAUUCCUUCGUUAU